AAUAGACAGCAAGCAGUCUUGGGGGUUUGUGUAUAACUUGUCAUUUUUGGAAUCAAGGCUAUUGCUUGCAGUGUUUUAUCCAUAUAAUCGUGUGCUGUGCAUGCGAAAAAUAAAUGACAUAUAUUUCUUAUUAAUACAUUAUAUCCUGGAAAAAGGAAACAGCAGUACUCCAAGUUAUAUAUAGUUCUUCCUAUGUACGUCACGUCUCACAAAAUGAUUCGUUAAUCGAAAAGUUACAUAUUACAUACCCCUACUGACGGCGUCAGGAGUUCUACUCUAAUUGACCAUUGGGUGUAGAUAGUUGAAGUCAACUAUAACCUCUUGGUGUUGGAAAAUGGAAGAAAUAACAGAACCCUCAUCUAUACACAUUACUGAUGAAGAUCAAAAAAGAGCUGGUGAUGUUUUUCUAGAUUAUAACGAAUUUACCAAACCCGUAUAUGAAACACCAAAAAAGCCACAACCUAAACAUACUGGAAUUAGAAAUGUUAUGAUUACAUCAGCAUUGCCUUAUGUAAACAAUGUACCUCAUCUGGGAAACAUGAUUGGAUCGACUUUAAGUGCAAAUGUAUUCGCUUUGUAUUGUGAUUUGGCUGGAUAUAAUGUGCUAUCUAUUUGUGGAACUGACGAAUAUGGAACUGCGACUGAAGCAAAAGCAGUCUCAGAGAAUAUGACUCCACGUCAGAUCUGUGAUAAGUUUCAUAAGUUGCAUUGCGAUAUAUACAAAUGGUUUCAAAUUGAAUUCGAUUAUUUUGGACGAACUACUACUGAUCAACAUACUGAGAUAGUUCAAGAGGUAUUUAAACGCCUGUGGGAUAAGGGUUUUAUUACUGAAGAUUCUGUUGAACAGUUGUAUUGCGAAAAAUGCUCCAAAUUUCUUGCAGAUCGUUUUGUUGAAGGAGUUUGCCCUUUGUGUAAAUACCAUGACGCACGAGGUGAUCAAUGUGAUAAAUGUGGGCGUCUUAUGAAUGCUGUCGAAUUAAUCGAACCACGUUGUAAGAUGUGUUCUCAAAAACCUGUGGUGCGUUCUUCACGCCAUUUGUUUCUUGAUCUUCCAAAGAUUGAAAACAAGUUGAACACAUUCGUUGAACAACGUAUUAACGAUUCCUCUUGUGUGUGGACCUCAAAUGCUUGUACUAUAUCAAGUUCAUGGUUGAGAGAUGGUUUAAAGCCAAGGUGUAUUACACGUGAUUUGCAUUGGGGUGUACCGGUUCCUUUGGAAGCUUAUAAAGAUAAGGUGUUUUAUGUUUGGUUCGAUGCAACUAUUGGUUAUAUGUCGAUUACAGCAAAUUACACAAAACACUGGAAACAAUGGUGGCAACCAUCUGAUGAUAAUGAAAUUGAAUUAUUUCAAUUUAUGGCAAAAGAUAAUGUUCCAUUUCAUGCUAUUGUAUUUCCUGCAUGUCUGUUAGCAGCUGAUGCUGGUUAUACUCUUGUAAAACAUCUUCUUUCUACUGAGUAUAUGAACUAUGAAAAUACCAAAUUUUCAAAAAGUCGUGGAAUUGGUGUAUUUGGUGAUGAUGCAAUGAAAUCAGGUGUUAUAUCAGAUGUUUGGCGAUUUUAUUUACUGUAUCGGAGACCUGAAUCACAAGAUAGUGCUUUUAUCUGGGAUGAUUUCAUGUUGGUAAAUAACUCAGAAUUGUUGAAUAAUUUAGGUAAUUUUGUUAAUCGAUCUCUUUCUUUUGUGUCACGAUUUUUCAAUUCGAUUAUUCCGUCAAUAACAAAAUUAGAAUCGGUUGAUACCGAAUUCCUGGCCAGAAUUAAUAAACUCUUCGCUACUUACAUACACAAUAUGGAGUCAUGUCAUCUUAGAGAUGCUAUUCGAAAUGUAUUGACAAUUGCUCGUCUUGGUAAUGGUUACUUUCAAGCCAAUCAACCGUGGGUCGCUGUUAAGAAACCGGAAACAAAAGAACGUUCUGGUGUUGUGAUAAGCGUUGCUGCUAAUAUUGCUUGUCUUCUUGGUGCUAUGAUUUAUCCAUUCAUGCCUACAAUUGGGAAACAGAUCUGGAUUGAACAGUGCGAUCUUCCAAUAUCUCAAAUGAGUUUCGUGCAAAUUAUUAAAAACGAGUUUACAGUGACAAGGUUGUUACCUGAUGGUCAUCAUAUUGGAAAGCCAAUCCCUCUUUUCCGAAAAAUAGAUACUGAUGAAAUUAAACGUUUAUCUCAAGUUUACAGUGGUUCAUCUGAUGCGUCUGUGACUAAUGGAAACAAUACAAAGUAAAAAAAAAUCACUAAUGUAUGUGUGACUUUCCUGAAAAAUCAUUUCUUAUAAAAAUUCAUUUAUCCAAAGUACUUAUUCCAACUGUUGCUUCCCCACUAUGUACUUUAUGGAAUAUAUAUAUCUUUUAAAGUGUUACUUUCUAUAUCCUACUACUUUUUGGCUAUUAAAUUAAAUUGUGAUCCUAGUUUUAUAGAUAACUCAAUUUAAAAUUUGAUUUACGUUACUGUAAGAUUCGGCAUUUCGCACAGACAAAAUGAUCUAACAGUUUAAAUAUAAGUUGUGUAGGAACCAGUGUAUAAAACUAGUGGAAACAAAAGACUGAACCAUUCGGGUUCAUACAUGAAUAUGAUAAAGUAUAGACGUCUCGGUGGUUAAAUUUUGUAAUCUGCAAUAGAUUGUAUUUGUGUAUAAAUUGUGGUGUUUGUAAGAAAUGGUAAUUCUUUUGUUAUUCUUUUCGAAGUUUUAUCAGGAUUGCAGUACAUCACUUUUACAUGUGUAAAUAUCAAUUUGGAAAAUAACUGUAUAUUCAACUCCGUGGCCGUUCAACUGGUAGAAUAAAUACAUGGAAUCUCAGAUGAAAGCUUGAGCAAUAUCUAAUUGAUCAUUUCCGAAGAGUUAGAGUUGGUUGCAUUAAUUAAGGGGAGAGCCAUGCUAAAUUCAUCAUUGGUUCGACACUUUCUAGUUCCGAUUAUCAUUACAACACAUUCAUGAAUGUCACCAGGACAACUACAGCAACCGCCUAUGAAAAUUCCCUUAUACUCAACUUGUUCCUAACCGUAGUCCCUGUGUAGUGACCUACUUUUGUGAUGAGAACGCGGUUGGUAUAAUUGUUUCACUGUGUUUGUUUGUUCAAGUGCACCAAACACACACUUUCUUCCGUUGCCUGUGAUCUAGCACGCUUGGUAGUUCCACUUGUAAACUUUAGCACGAUCCCGGUAUUUUUUCGAUACCACGAGAUCACCGACCAGUAUAUCUUGUUUCAACCGUCAUCUGCCUUCUGGUUUUUGGCUAACGGAGGGGUCGAACUCGAUAUCUGGCAGUUAAUGUUCCUGAAGUGGUGACCAUAGUCAAUCGCGACUCCACUCCAUCUACAAGUAUGUUCAGAAUUGAACCAAACAUUUUGGGAUUGCUACACGUAUUUACCGAUCACUAGCUUCCCCUUUCUUUUUGAUUUAUCUUCUGGUUUAUCAUUACUCGAAGGAUUUUGAUUGUUCUUUUGGUAACCUUUGGCCCAAGAUAAUCAAACCCGGUCUAGUAUCAAACCAAUAUCAUGUUGGUUCUGGUUGGAGAGUAGUGUAGUGUUAUUGGUUUUAACCACAUGAUACUCGAGACUGAACAUAAGAUGAAUGAGAAAAUUGAUAUUCAUCAUUUAAAAUGGGGAAAAAAAUCAGUGAUGAUGGACGCGGCGACAACUAAUCAAAAUCGCAUGACUUUGUCAUGCAGGCAUUAUCACAUAAUCUCCAGCCUAUUGGAUCAAAUAUACUAUUCUCUUACCACCCCACAUGUGUUCGUCAAAAGUUCUAGAUAUUAUAUUGCUGAUUGUAACGAUAGGACGAGUCAGUGUGGACAAUGAUGUCACUUACAUGUAAGAUCUAAAUGAUCAGGUAAUCACAUCAUGACAUAUCUACGGAUUUACUAUUAGAUGUAUUAUUAUAGUGGUGCUGAUACGGAAGUAGACCAAAUUUCUACAUAUGCACCUAGACGAUUUGUAAUUCUCAAAUGGUCUAACUCUUCAAUCUCACACAAACCAAAAAAUUAGGUGAAGAGUAGAGGAUACUCGUAGGUUACUGGUAUUCGAUCACAGGUGUUUUCGAAGCAUUGCUUGUGUAUUUUGGGACCACGGACUAAACAUGCCUAUGUUAGGAGUAUAGUACUAGGUAAGGAGGGAAAAUUGAUUGAUGAGGCAUUCAACCUCCCACAGCUGAGGUGGUUGGGAUAUGUGUUACAUAUGACCAGCCAUCGCAUACUUCAACGGACUAUAAUGUCUGGUGUAUGAGAAGGGAGGGUCAAGCCAGGAGAUGACAUCAGUCUGCGAAGCCAUUGCCAACUGGAAUGAGUUGUUGCAAUGGGCAGGCCUCAACACACAUAAGGGUAAAAGCAAGAUCCUGAAAUGCGACAGAGAUCACCAAUCAGGCCACACUUGAUGGAGAAGCUCUGAACGAGGUGAAAACGUUCACGCAUCCGGACAGCAUCAUUUAUAAAUAAGGAAGAUCUGAUGCAUAUGUGAAGGCACGAAUUGGCAAAACAAAAGCAGCAUUCAUAAAAUUGAAGGACAAGUGUAAUUGUUAUAUCUAGGGCUUUGACUCUUGCUAUGCCACGUACUACUAGACUACUUGAACAAUCGAACCAGCAACGUCGCAAGAGAGAAGACAG